AUGCACAAACGCGGUCGCGGGGAGGAUGAGGUGGUGGAAGUCUACGCGGCGUUACUGCGGCAGAGCGGGGCGCGGGCGGUGGAGCGGGUCCGACAGCGCCGCACACAUCCGGCCCCAAUAGACGCGUUGGUGAUUCGGUACGCCAUGUACUUUCUCGACACCCGCGGCUUUCCCCCACUCAGUUACGUUACUCAGGCCCAACGCGUGAUCACAGAGGCGAUUGAGCGUGUUUCCCAACCACAGCACUACGCCUACGUGCCACUGCCCGCACUUGUGGAGUCAUUAGUCGCUGAGAACACAGCGGAGGUGAUGCAGCAGACAGUUGCGGCGAUUGAAGAGUUUAUUGACGCACGAGAUGCGUUGGGUCGAUGGAUUGAUGAGAACGCAGGCGGUAUGGAUGAUUAUAAUGAUAAUGAAGAAGAAACCGAUACGGCUGUAGAUCUAGCAGGAAAAUUAUGGCAUAGUGCACUCUAUUGGGUUGCUGUAUUGGAGUACAUUGAGGCGUUAUCACUAAGCAGCGCUAAAGUGAAUGCCUUUGCAUUGCGGCCAAAGUAUGAAAAGGCAUUGAUGGAUUUGUUGAAUUCUGUUGCCGCCCCACACUAUGCAGGGUAUCGACAGCAAAAAGAACAAUCCACUUCAGCUCUUGUUCUUCCUUCGAAGGAAUCUACUUCCUCUUCCAUGACUGCUCCUACUACUACUACCACUAAUAAUAAUAAUAAUAAUAAUAAUAAUAAUAAUAAUAAUAAAGGUGAGGUUUCUGAGAAUGAUGAGGCUAAACCUAAUAGUAGUAAUAUUGACGGUGGGGAGUUUACCACAGAUUCAGGGACUGCUGGAGCUGAAGUAACGGCGAUGGAGACUGUCAAGGAGGAAACACUAGAGAAAAACUCGGUAAUACCUGAAUCAACAAGAGAAGUAAAUAUUAGUUCUGUUUUGGGUAAACGUAGUGAUCACCAAGAGGCGGAAUUAGCACGUGCAGCCUCUGUAAACCGAUUACUAGCUGCUCUUACGGCUUUAGCCAAUUGCCCUACGGAUAAUCCAGUCGCUGCUGGGAUCAAUCCAACAUUCUACUCUAUGGUUCAUGCAAGAUUAAAUGUUUUGGCGGCGUGUGAUCGUCUAAAUCGAUUUGGCAAUUCCUCUGCAGUUGCACCGCCGCCACUCACACCAUCUUUACAACAAUUACAAAUGCAAAAAGAUGUCGCCGCUGAUGCUCGCAAACGACGAGAGGCCACUCGGCAAAAUAGAGAUGAUAUUGGAGUUCCACUGGACUUUGUUCCCAAUGAGGCGUAUAUGCGGGCGGCACUGGAAAAACAGAAUGAGGUAUUAGGCGAGGAUGAAGAACUCUUUAAGGAUGAAAUUGUGGAUUACUACAAACAACACCCACAAGGUGGUCCAACAAGGCGAUGGAAUACACCUAAUGUUAAUAAUAACCGAAUACAACAACAACAACAACAACAACGUCCAGAAGAGUCUACGGCGCUUGUGAAACCGCAUAGAUUCUGUAAGGUGAAGACUGGAUACACAUGGACACAGUAUAACCGUACACACUACGAUGCACGUACAAAUCCUCCUCCACGAAGUGUAUUAUGGUAUGAGUUCACACUUUUUUAUCCUGCUCUUGCGAAUACGAAACGAGAUAUGAGUCGUAUUUAUCAUAUUGAAGAUACCAUAAGAGGACCUAAUGAUGAUUAUUGUAUCUUAGUAUUUUCUGUGGGGCCACCAUAUGCGGAUGUUGCCUAUCAAAUAGUGAGAAAACAAUGGGAUACACGACCAGGUGGUGUAAGGGCAAGUUUUGACAGUUCAGGAACAUACCGACUCUUCUUCCGCUUUACAAACAGCAAUUACCGUCGUUAA